CAUUCGUGCUGCCUCACUCGAGCCACCCAAGCACGCCUUAGCUUGCAGUCUCGCUUGUCCUCGAGCACACACUAGCAGAGGUUUCAGCCAUGAGUAGCCGCCGUGUUGGACUCCUCUUCAUCUCCCUUCUGGCCAUCGCCCUCUCGUGCAGCGCGGAUCCGCCGCCGGUGCACGACACGGACGGCAACGAACUGCGCGCCGACGCGAACUACUACGUCCUCCCGGCCAACCGCGCCCAUGGCGGGGGGCUCACGAUGGCGCCCGGCCACGGGCGCCGCUGCCCGCUCUUCGUCUCGCAGGAGGCCGACGGGCAGCGCGACGGCUUGCCCGUGCGCAUCGCCCCGCACGGCGGCGGCGCGCCGUCCGACAAGAUAAUUCGGCUGUCGACCGACGUCCGCAUCUCCUUCCGCGCCUACACGACGUGCGUGCAGUCCACCGAGUGGCACAUCGACAGCGAGCUGGUGUCCGGCCGCCGGCACGUGAUCACCGGCCCGGUCAGGGACCCGAGCCCGAGCGGCAGGGAGAACGCCUUCCGCAUCGAGAAGUACAGCGGCGCGGAGGUGCACGAGUACAAGCUCAUGGCAUGCGGGGACUCGUGCCAGGACCUCGGCGUGUUCAGGGACCUCAAGGGCGGCGCGUGGUUCCUGGGCGCCACUGAGCCGUACCAUGUCGUCGUGUUCAAGAAGGCGCCGCCCGCCUGAUCGAGGUCCAUGCGGCGUGAUGGCGCGCGCCCGUAGCGUGCAUGUGUGCAUCUGAAUAAGGCGGGCCGAAACAGUGUGCUGUUUUUGUCUCUCUUAGACAAUAAGUGUGGUGCUGUGCUGUCCUUACUGCUUAGGCGGUUUUGUGAAACGUGAGAAACUUUUUUCAA